ACAUGUGAGCCACUCAUUCGUAAUAAAGUCAAAUGUCAUUCAAACAAAGGAAAACAAAACGAUACGAAUCGUUCACUUGAUAGAAUUCUUUUUUUGUUGUUGUUGUUAUCGAACCAAUUUUCAGUUUGAAAGCAUCAUUUUUCGUGAUUUUAACGCAAUUUGUUUCUGUGAUUGAAUGUAUUCAUUGUAGGAACAAAAAAAACUAGGAGCAGACGGCGAUAGAAAAAAAAUGUUACCAAAUUCAGCAUCGUCAUCGAUUUACAUCAAUCCAAGGUUCCGUAAUGUGCACAUCAAUCCGAAUUUUCUCAGCAAAAUAUCGGGCAACAACAAUGGCAAAGCAUCGGAAGCGACGGUUGUCACAGCUCCAACGCAAAUCUACAUCAAUCCACGAUUUCUCGGGAAUACUGCAUCGAUACAAGGUAUAGCCAUGACACAAGCUACAAAUUCUGCACCAAUUGCAAUCCAUCCGAAAGAGACAUUUUCCCAAUUAACGGCACAACAGUUACACGAACCGAAUUCAUUAGUCGCUGAACCGUUGGCCGAUACCAAAAUUCAUACCCGAACCAAAAUUAUCAAUCCCUAUAUCAAGCCAAAAACGGCUAACCCACCGAAAAUGGAAUCGAUUGUUCCGACCGUCAUACAUAACACGUCAAAGUCACUCAUCAAAAUUGGCUCAAAGAAAUUGGUACGAGUUCCAGCCAAAUCAUUUGAAAAGCCAACGAAAACGAUUACGAAGCUACGGCGGCCACUUCAGACUAAAUACAAAAUUGUCAAAGAGCAAACGGCAUUUAAAAUUGAUCGGAGGUCAGCCAAGGCCAAACUCGAGUCGAUUUCACGCAAAUUUGCACCACUUGUGUCCAGCAAAAAACUAUGGAUUAACGAAUCUCUGAUGCCCACCAAAAUGGUCAAAUGCAAUUCGGUGAAUCGCAGUUUAGUAAAACCAACCACUUUACUUUCAAUCGCAGCACCUGGAAAAUCAUCGUCAUUCUUGAACAUCAAUGGAAUUCUGUACAAAUCAAAUCGUCGAAAACUCGAGAAAACUACUCUGUCCAGUAAAUAUUCGCUCACCAAAACGCCCGCAUCGAAUUCGAAUCAAUCGUCAUACCGUCGCCUUAUUGUUCGUGGUGAAAACUUCCUAUUGGAUGCAAAUGGAAAGAAUUUGAUUCGCGUUCAAAGCAAUGGCAAACCGGUGAUCAACGAUGCGGCAGCAGCGGCGGCCAAUAGAAAGCGUAUCGAUAUCGGAAAGAUAACAUUCGUUAAGAAAUCAAAUGACACCUACGAACGUACUGACUUCCACAAGAGUCGCUACCAUUUGAAUGUGGCCAAACAGCGUAGUAUUCAAAUGUUAACGAAUCGUCUGGUGAAAACAAACGUUCCAUGCCCAAUCUAUCGAAAACUCGGAAAAUGCGCCGCUUUCGUUCGCGGAAAAUGCACAAAACUCCAUGACAAAAAACUCAUCGAUGUGUGCCCAAGAUUCCUUAAGGGAACUUGUGACAAAAGCCCAUGUCUACUGUCUCACAACACGACGCUAUCCAAAAUGCCAACAUGCAAAUUUUAUUUACAGGGGAUGUGCUCAAAGACUGAUUGCCCGUACCUGCACAAAAAGGUCAACGAUAAAACGGAGAUUUGCUUGGAGUUUCUACGUGGUUUUUGUGAAAAAGCUGAAGAGUGUUCAAAACGUCAUGAGUUCCUGUGUCCGGAGCAACAGAGUAAAGGUAGCUGUGAGUUGACACGAUGCCCAUAUCCACAUCAAAUUGUGAAAGAACGAACGCAAAAGCCACGGCCUGAACGACUCAAGUUGAAACGAAAAUCCAAAGAACCACCAAAACUGGCGCCAAACAUUCCAACGGAUGACGAGAAAGUGGCCGUCAAACGAUACUUUGCCGAUGAAAAACCUACCGAAAAUAGUGAAACGAGCACAAGCUCAGAAAGUGCAAACCAAAACACAUCGCCUGAGAAAAAUGUUGAAAAAAUUCAUGUUGUUCGAAAACCAAUAGUCGGAUCAUUGCCAUCAUUUAUUCCAAUCGGGUAAGUUUUGUUAAGUUGAUACUCUUUGGGUAUCCAAAUUGAAAGUCGAAAAAAAUUAAAAACUUGAAGGAAAAAAAUAAAAAAAUGUAAAAAGAAAUGAUAUAAUAAAGAGACCGUUAUUUAACAAUGGAAAAAAAA